CCUCAACUUCUACACCAAGUAUUGAAUCAAACCUUCGUAGGUUCAGAGCAUAGUUAACGUAGAAGAAAGUUUCUAUCUGCAUUCUUCGUGCUUCUUGUGUAGUACUGUACUAAUCAGCAAUGGCAACGGCGUCGUUCGGUAUGCAAUCAGUGUUCACCGGUCCGGCCACCGGUUCAGUCACUCAAGGGAUGAAGUCUAACCGGUUCUGCCUCGCCGGGACCGUACCGGGUUUCAAGAGAAAUGCGUCGAUGGUGGUCAGGUGCAUGGCUGAGGGCGAGCCCACAAGGGAGGAUUCUGCACCGUCGUCCUCGCCGGCGGGGGCGACUCCACCGGAGAUCAAAUCGAAGCCCUCUCCUCCUCCGAAGCCAAAGGUGAGUACCAAAUUCUCGGACGUUCUAGCUUUCAGCGGUCCGGCACCUGAGAGAAUAAACGGGCGCUUAGCGAUGGUGGGGUUCGUGGCUGCGUUAGCGGUCGAGCUGUCGAAGGGAGAGAACGUUCUAGCUCAGUUGUCGGACGGUGGAGUAGGUUGGUUCGUCGGCACGUCGGCGUUACUGACCGUGGCCUCGCUCGUGCCGCUCUUCAAGGGCGUUUCGGCCGAGUCGAAAUCCGGCGGGUUAAUGACCUCAGACGCGGAACUCUGGAACGGGCGCUUAGCCAUGCUCGGGCUUAUCGCGUUAGCGUUCACCGAGUACGUUAAGGGCGGCACCCUCGUGUGAACGCGAUGGGUGAAUUUACGGUUUUGACCCUAGGGUUUGUAUCAAGGAGCAAAGUCUUGUGGGUGUAAUGUGGUAAAGAAACUUGCGGAAAAGAAAUAUAGCGUUUGGUGAUUGUUA